AUGGCCACCACAAGCCGGCCGAGCCGAUUUAAUACCUUCGCCAUGCCGAACGGAACCGACAAGCCCCCGCAGCCUAUUGGCACUUCGUACCAAAACCCACCAUGGAAGCAGGGCAUCAUGGGGACAGAGAGCAUAUGGGCCAGUAGCGGUGUCAUCGGGUCAUUUGGGAAGCGAGACACGACGGGUUCGAGAGCACCCGGCGAAAACGCUCCUACAGGUUCCGGCGCGCUCGCUGCAUCAUCCGAGGCAGAAAGCACAUGGGCUACCCGAACGCCCUGGAGCACCAACGAUAGUGCCCAGAACAGGGCCUCGGGCAGCACAUCACCAAACCGCACACGGGACAUGCAGAGCUUCGGCGAUCUCUCGGUACACCAGAACUUCAUGUCCUCGAGACCCGUCGUGGGACCGGGAGCCAGCUUCAAUGCGAACCGGAACAAGCCUGGGGUGAACCUCGACGCAUCGACCGGCUCUUUCAAGUAUGGCGCUGCGGCUGGGGAUACGGGAUCAGACAAGGAGAACGCUGGACAUUAUGCCGCCCUGGGGAGGUAUGAUGUAAUUGACUCCUCGCUGCGGAACAUUCAGCGAGACCCGCGGGGCCGACAGGACCUGAUGUCUUACAUGAGCUCGGGCACUCAUUCGAAUGGCAGCUUUCCCGCGAAAUACGACCUCGACCCCAUGCAGCAUGCUGCGUACGAUGAGCCGUACGGGGCAAACCAGGCGGCCAUCAUGGGCGCACACCGUCCCUCGGCCCAAGGUUCUGCCACGUUUCCUGCUCAGCCCGGCGGCAUGCGGACGACGUACAGCCCAGAGGAGGAGCUGCAGGAAAGGCUGAGGAGAAACUUCAACAUUGGUGACGGGACCGACUCGGCCGCAUCCCCCUUUCAACCGCAGGCAAGGCCGUUCCAGUUCAAUCCCGGGUCCAUGCCCUGGGAAGCUGGUGCUGGGGCUGCAGCGCCCUUCAAAGUCAAUGGGUCGAACGUUCCAUUCUUCACUCCGGAAUCUCACAUAGAAACCUCUCUGCCUGGCUACCCAAGUGGUAAGCGCGGGAGCAUCGCCGACCGCGGCUCGCCUGUCUCGAAUCUGAGGUCCGCACUUGCAAGCCCCCGCCACCUGACCGACACCCCACCGGCACCCGUGAACUCCUGGAGCAGGCCGGGGUCUAGGGAUCCCAGGAACAGCAUGGAGUCAGAACGCCGGGGCUCGGCUAACGCCUACAUGCUUCAGGCGCAACAGCUCCAACAGCCUGGCCAGCCGGCAUUCUAUCCCCCUCAGGCAUUCUACCAAACCGGCAUCCCCCCAUACCAGGCUCAGGCUCCUAUGUACGACCCGUACACCCAGACGCAGUUUCGACCACCACUCCCACAGUUUACUGGCCACGCUCUGCCUUUGUAUCCUCAGCAGUAUCUGCCUCAGGUAGCUCCCCUGGCCCCCCGGCAGCACAAGGACCAGGACGUGACGAACCUGGCACAGAGCCGUCUGCUCAACGAAUAUCGCUCGAGCAACAAGUCCAGCAAGCGGUAUGAGCUCAAGGAUAUUUACAACUACGUGGUUGAGUUCAGUGGCGAUCAACAGGGCUCUCGCUUCAUCCAGACCAAGCUCGAGUCGGCUAACAGCGACGAGAAGGAUCAGGUCUUCAGGGAGAUCGAGCCCAAUGCAGUGCAGCUGAUGAAGGACUUGUUUGGAAACUAUGUGAUCCAAAAGUUCUUUGAGCACGGCAACCAGGUACAUAAGAAGAUUCUGGCGGGCCAAAUGAAGAACAGGAUGGUUGAUCUGUCAACCCAGAUGUACGCCUGCAGGGUAGUCCAAAAGGCCCUCGAACAUGUCCUCGUUGAGCAACAAGCAGAGCUAGUCAAGGAGCUCGAGCACCACACUCUGUCCAUAAUGCAAAACCAGAACGGCAACCAUGUGAUCCAGAAGAUAGUCGAGUUGCUCCCUCGCCAACACAUCGGCUUCAUAUAUGAGGCGGUGCGUGGCCACCUCAAGGAGCUGUCAACCCAGACGUACGGGUGUCGUGUCGUCCAACGCAUGUUGGAGCAAGGCACCGAAGAAGACACGGUGGUCAUGAUGGACGAGAUUUACGCCUCCAUGACAGCGCUGAUCACGGACCAGUACGGCAAUUACGUGGUGCAGCAUAUCAUCACCAAUGGCAGUCCUGCGGACCAGAGGAGGACCAUCGAUGCGGUCAUGGCGCAGGUUGUGCAGUUCUCCAAGCACAAAUAUGCGUCAAACAUUGUCGAGAAGUGCAUUGUCCACGGCACGGCCGAGGACCGUACCAAGAUAUCCGAGAUCCUGAUCCGGACAGGGGCCGACGGAAUCAACCCCAUCCAUCAACUGAUGAAGGACCAGUACGGCAAUUACGUCAUCCAAAAACUGGUUGAUACUCUGCAGGAGCCCGAAAAGACUAACUUCGUCAUGAAGAUGAAGCCUCAGUUCAACUCGCUGAAGAAGAACAACAGCGGACGUCAGAUUGCUGCCAUUGACAAGAUAAUCUCGUCCGUGUCGCACAGCGAAGCUGGCCCGGACGGAGCAGCCGCAUCCUUGCAGGUGGACGUCAGCUCUGCGGCACCGACGCCCGUCCUCACCAUGGAGCCAAACACUCCGCAGAGUAGCAGCCCGCCGAGCACCAAUGCAGGCGCCAACGACGACAUAGUCGAUGACACGGGCGCCAUAGUUGUCAAGUCUCAGGGAUCGGAACCUGCCGAGAAGGGCCCCGAGGUCCGUGUCGACGAGGCAUGA